CUCGCGCGCAAAAAUAGUGAAUUAAUCACUAGAGUGUAACGGAACAAAUCAGCCGAAACCAACCUCAACCUCAUACAUAUUAAACUACGACUUCCUUAUAGUCUCCGACUCCGACUCCAAUCAAUUACCGAUAUGUUGAUUCCGGACUACUCUCGGAAUGAACUUCUAAAGUUCUAUAACCUCGAAACCCUCGAGCCCGUAAGUAAAGACCAAUUGAAUUUGACUAGUCAAGAGUUUGUGGAUGCCGAUGAAAUUCUUGAAUUUAGUGAAGCAGAACAAUUCAGUAUACUCAAUCGGUUAGUUAAUCCGAAGGCCAUUCAUCAUAAUGAUGAUAGUAAUAAUAAUAACACUAUCAAUAUUGAAGAUAAUGAAGAUGUGAAAAAUGGUAUAGUAGAAGAUCCGUUAAGAGGUAAAAAUAUUAUUCAAGAAUUAAUUCGUAACCAGGUAAUUAAAGCCAGUAAUGAUCCCGAAGUUAAUAACUAUUUAAUUAGUUCUCAGCGGUUCAAUUCCCUCAAGUUUCUAACCACCGUCCAUGCCGAUUCCUCAAUUGAACAAUUGGCUCAAUCAUUAAGUUUUCUUGAAAAGAAUAUCCGAGGUCAAACCACCGAAUUAAUCGGAGCUAUAGAUUCGAAUUUCGGAACAUUCAUUAAUUGUAAACGAGAAAUCGAUGCAAUACUCGAAGAAUUUAAACUGCUGAAGACCAAAGCGCAACAGGAUUAUGAUAAUUCUCGGGUAUUUGAUCCGCUGAGACAACCCGUCCGUUCAUUAAAGGAUUCAUCAUUAUCUUCGGAAUUAGAAGAAGCCAUUAAGAAUCUUAAUUAUACGACCAGUCGGAUGAUUCAACCCGUCGUGGAGAAUAAGAAUAAAGAAGCGAAAUUAAAUAAAUUGAUUGAUUUUGUCAAGGCCAAUCUGUUCUUCUUUGAUUUACCGAAUCAGUUAAUCCAUCACUUAUCGAAUCAUCAACAUGAUGAGUUUAUUAACGAUUAUAAUAAAUAUCUUCUGGAGAAACAAGCCUUCAUUAUGGCUCGGAACUCUCACUAUAAACGAGAAUUGGCUCGAUUAACGAAUGCUAAUGAUGAAGCUGGAAUUAGACUGUUAAAUCAAGAAACUGAUAUGUUAACUACGGCCAUAUCUAAAGUAUUUACAGAAGUAGAGAAUAUCACUCAACAGUUCAAGAAGAAGUCGUAUAACGAAUUGCUAUCGAUGGAUCAUGAAGUGAGCUCUACGAAGAAUAGUAAAUCCAGUUCUAAUGAUAAGUUCUUAGCGUUGGUAUCGACCAUCCACAGCUUAGAACGGGAACAGAAACCGAAUGCAAAUGCAAAUCAUCCUCAACAAGAGAACCCCGUGUACGAAUUCUUAGUGGCUCAAUUGAGUAAUAUUGAUAAGGAGUUGGAUCAUCAGAUUGCUAAAUUCGAUAGUAAAUUCCGCAUGAUGCAAUUGAAAUUGUUAGAUUCUAUAACCAUUAAGGGAUCUCAUGUCAGAUACAUUGCCGAGAAAUACUAUAGUGCCAAGAGCGGAAUUAUUGCCUCUAAACUGAACUCAUCGACCUCCAGCUCCACCACCUCCACCCCUCAUAAUAACGAAAAUGAUAUUAAAUUCAUUAUGGAUAUCUUUAACAAUAUAGACAAUUUGGAUUUGUCACUAGUCAACGAAUCCUGGUUAGUGUUGAAUAAUUUCAUAGGGUAUCUUGACGAUUUGUUCCUCCAGAACUUGACGAAAUUCACCAAUAAUUAUCGCCAUUAUUAUCAAAUUAAUAAUGUGGAUCCUCAUGGAAAAAUUCGAGAUUUAUUUAUUGAAUUAGUAAGUAAAGUGUCUAAUGUAUUGGUUACAUUAUUUGAGUGUGAAGUUGGUGAUAAUGAAGUCACACAAUUGGAUUCUUCUCCAAGUAAUUAUAAAUUAUUUUUACCUCAUUUCACUAAUUCAUUAUCGGCUAUUUACUAUGUAACCAGUAUAAGUUUUAAGCUUAAUAAAGUAUAUACUAAUUUAGGGAAAUAUACUGGAUUAGUGGGGAACUUGACGAAGUAUAAUGAUACAUCGAAAAUCAUUAAGACUUUAAAGAAUGGUUCAGCAAAGACUAGUCAACGAUUAAUUGAAGCUGUUUGUGCAGUAUGGAUUAAUGAUUGUUCACAAUUUUAUCAAUUACAAGAUUGGAAAACUGAACUGACUGAUGAUGAUCUUGAUGAUCUUGAUAAAGAUACCAUUGAUAAUGGAGCCAUUCAUACAUCCAUAUUACAUAUUAUAGAAUAUUAUCAAACUUAUAUUCUUACUAAGAUUGGUCAAUUAGUAUUUGUUAAAGAAGAUACAAGUUCGGAUAUAAGAAUUGUACAAAGUUAUCCCAGUAAACGUACAUUAAUGAGUAUUGAAAUUCAAUUCAUGAGAAGUUUGAAUAUCUUGGUAGAUUCUAUUAUGAAGAAGUAUAAUAUUGAGAGAAGUCUAGUUGAGAAUAAUGGAACCAACCAUAGUAAUAGAAUUAGUACUACGGGAACAUCUCAUGAAGGUUCCAAGAUCUUACAUGAAGCCUUUAAAGUAUUAACUAUGAAUGAUCUUGAUAAGUUAUCGCGAGUCACGUAUCCCAAAUUGAUUAGUAAAUUCGAUGAAAUCUUUAAUAAUACAUUAAGAAAUCAGAAUUUAAAGUUAUAUGCUGAUAUUGAUAAAGCAAACAUUACUAUAUUUGAUGAUAUAAUUAAUCGAGAGAAAUUACUAAUUGCUAAUGAAAUCAAUUUAUACUUUCACGAUUCAAAUCGUCCACCAGAAACGGCAUCGCCAUCUCUUUAUAUUGAUGGAUUCAUCUUUUUAAUUUUAAUUCAUUUUGUUAAAUUAAUCAAGAAAGUUAAACCCAUUACGGGUCAACAAGUAUUCUUAAGUAUAAUUAAUGAAUUACAAGCAACGGUCUUAAAAUCAAUCUUGGAUAAUUUAAGAACUUCUUCAUCUUCCACUUCAACUCAUACUCAAUUGAAUUCAUUUGAAUUAGUCAAAUUGAAAUUGGAUGUGAAUUUCUUCUUCAAAGUAUUUGAUCGAUCUCAGAAAUUACGCUUUAAUGAUGUUAACUUUAAAGUAUUAGAAGUACUAAUUAAUACAGUCGAUGAACACUAUAAUAAUCUUCCAGGAUCUAAAUUUGACUACAACGAUAAGGAAUUCCGUACCAUAUUGAAUGAUAGUUUGAGAACGUCUGAGAAUGAAUUUGACUGUUUCUAGUACUAGUACUACUACUACUAGUACUACUAAUAUUAUGGAAUAUAUCAAUGUAUAU